AAAUCAUCGACUUCUAAAAGGAUAAUAUUGGAGAGCUCGGACGGAGAGAAAUUCGCGGUGGAAGAAGCGGUGGCGCUUCAAUUGGAGACGAUAAAAAACAUGAUCGAAGACGAUUGUUCCGGCGAAAAAAUCCCUAUCCCUAACGUCACCGGCAAUAUCUUAUCCAAGGUUCUCGAGUAUUGCAAGAUGCACGUCAAUGGGGGAAAUAACUCGGGUGAUGAUCAACUCGAAACUUGGGAUGCUGUGUUUCUUCGAGUUGAUCUAGAUACCCUCUAUGGUCUCAUCUUGGCUGCUAACUUUUUGAAUGUGAAGACCUUGUUGGAUUCAAUAUGCCAAAAAGUUGCAGACAUAAUAAAGGGGAAGUCGCCGGAGGAGAUUCGGACUACGUUUAACAUCCAGAACGAUUUCACUCCUGAAGAAGAAGAAGAGAUAAGGAAGGAGAACCCGUGGGCAUUCGAUUUAAAUUAUAAUAAAAAUUUAGGACUAUAA